AUGUUUGCUCGUGGACAAUCGACGGCGUCGCAGCUGGUGCGAGCCACCACUCGACAGCCCUUCCUCGCCCGCGCCAACUCGACCUUCCAGGUUGGCGCCGUCAACCCCGUCAGGACCGGCGGAAAGUACACAGUAACCCUCAUUCCCGGUGACGGUAUCGGCGCCGAAGUCGCCGAGAGCGUCAAGACCGUCUUCAAGGCCGAGAAUGCCCCCGUGCAGUGGGAGGAGAUUGACAUCACCACCCUCGAGACCCCCGUCGAGCGCACCGAGUCCAUGUUCCACGAGUGCGUAAACUCCCUUAGCCGCAACAAGAUCGGUCUCAAGGGUAUCCUCCACACCCCCAUCUCCCGAUCCGGCCACCAGAGCUUCAACGUCGCCAUGCGCCAGCACCUCGACAUCUACGCCUCCGUCAGCAUGAUCAAGAACAUCCCCGGCUACAAGACGCGCCACGACGGUGUUGACAUGUGCAUCAUCCGUGAGAACACCGAGGGCGAGUACUCCGGCCUCGAGCACCAGAGCGUUCCCGGCGUUGUCGAGUCGCUCAAGAUUAUCACCCGCAAGCAAUCCGAGCGCAUCGCCCGCUUUGCUUUUGACUUUGCCAAGGCCAACCAGCGCAAGAAGGUUACUUGUAUCCACAAGGCCAACAUCAUGAAGCUUUCCGAUGGUCUUUUCCGAAGCGCUUUCCACAAGGUCUCCGAGGGCUACUCCGGCCUCGAGGUCAACGACAUGAUUGUCGAUAACGCCUCUAUGCAGUGCGUCAGCAGGCCCCAGCAGUUCGACGUCCUCGUUACCCCCAACCUUUACGGCAGCGUCCUCUCCAACAUCGGUGCUGCCCUUGUCGGUGGCCCUGGUGUUGUCCCUGGCUGCAACAUGGGAGAUGAUAUUGCCGUCUUCGAGCCCGGUUGCCGUCACGUCGGUCUUGACAUUAAGGGCAAGGACCAGGCUAACCCCACUGCCAUGCUCCUCUCCGGUGUCCUCAUGCUCCGACACCUCGGUCUCCACGAGCACGCCGACCCCAUCGAGAAGGCUGUCUACGAUGUUAUUGCCGAGGGCAAGUUCCUCACUCGCGACAUGGGCGGCCAGGCCUCCACUCUCGAGUUCACCAAGGCGAUCCUCGACAAGCUCGAGCAGGUCCACAAGGAGUAA